GGGUGCGAGAUCUAGAAACCGUCACUCCUGCGCGCUUUACUGACGCGACGCCCUGGCUGUCGGCGUUUCCGGUCCGGUCUUUCCUACAGUGAUUCUAUCUCUCGGUUUCCUUCCCGGCCUGCCUCGCGCCGCUGCCGGGCUGGGCCAGAGCAGCCCAAGAUGGCGGACUUUGAGGAUCGGGUGUCGGAUGAGGAGAAGGUACGCAUAGCUGCUAAAUUCAUCACUCAUGCACCCCCAGGGGAGUUUAAUGAAGUGUUCAAUGAUGUCCGGCUACUACUUAACAAUGACAAUCUCCUCAGGGAAGGGGCAGCUCAUGCAUUUGCCCAGUAUAACAUGGAUCAGUUCACACCUGUGAAGAUAGAAGGAUAUGAAGAUCAGGUUUUAAUUACAGAGCAUGGUGAUCUGGGUAAUAGCAGAUUUUUAGAUCCAAGAAACAAAAUUUCCUUUAAGUUUGAUCACUUACGGAAAGAAGCGAGUGACCCUCAUCCAGAGGAAAUAGAUGGAAGUUUGAAGUCUUGGAGAGAGUCCUGUGACAGUGCUUUAAGAGCCUAUGUGAAAGAUCAUUAUUCCAACGGCUUCUGUACUGUAUAUGCUAAAACUAUAGAUGGGCAACAGACUAUUAUUGCAUGUAUUGAAAGCCACCAGUUCCAGCCUAAAAAUUUCUGGAAUGGUCGUUGGAGGUCUGAAUGGAAGUUCACCAUCACACCACCUACAGCACAGGUGGUUGGAGUGCUCAAGAUUCAGGUUCACUAUUAUGAAGAUGGCAAUGUUCAAUUGGUUAGUCAUAAAGAUGUGCAAGAUUCAGUAAAUGUUUCGAAUGAAGGCCAAACUGCUAAGGAGUUUAUUAAAAUCAUAGAGAAUGCAGAAAAUGAAUAUCAGACAGCAAUUAGUGAAAACUAUCAAACAAUGUCAGAUACCACGUUCAAAGCCUUGCGCCGACAGCUCCCAGUAACCCGCACCAAAAUCGACUGGAACAAGAUACUCAGCUACAAGAUUGGCAAAGAAAUGCAGAAUGCUUAAAGGCUGGCUAUAGGAUUUUUCAAUAUGUGGAAAGAAAAUGAUUCAACAUGUGGUCAUAUGAUAAAUAAGUGAUUUAUAAACAAAGGUGAUAUUUUGCUAGGGCUUUCAAACUUAACAUUUUCUAGCCUCAUGAAAUACUGUUCAACCUAUAGCAUUGUCUUGACCUUGUGUUCUCUGCCUCGUAAUUUUAUGUUAUCACUAUAUCUACUUGUAAAUUUUCUCCCCCCAACUUCCCGCUAUGUUUUAUGUUGGAGAGAGAGAGAGAGAGAGAGAGAUCUAUCUUGAAGUUGUUUUACUAUUUAGAAAAUUUUCCUAGCAGUGAAGUCCUGUUACUGUUUAGUAAUAUGUUCUGUACUUUUUUACCCCCAUGACUCAAAGCACUUCUGGUACUUUAGUGGUUUUUACUGAUCCAACAGCUCAAAAGGCUGUGCUACAAACUGUAGCUAAAUGGAAGAUACAUCAUUCUUCUUCCUUGGACUGUUCUGAUCAUCAUUUACAGCAUCUCAUAACUGUUAUUUUUCAAAACUUUGCAUUAGGGCCUUUCAGAUUCAUUUAGAAGAGGGCAAAAGAAGUGUUCUGAAAAUUCCAUGAUAACCAGCUUUUCUGAGGAGAGUUUGCUUGUAAAUCCAAAGACUUGAACCACAUUCCCUUCAAUAAACAUGUUUGUUUUUUGGGGGAAAGGAGAUUCUCUCAUUGUCUCCUUCCCUAUUGUAGGUAUUGAUACCUGUGUUUUUAGAGGAAUUUUACCCAUUUACAUUUUUGUUCUUGUGUAUGUGUGUGUUUUUAAGAACUGCUGACAUACUGUGGAUGUAGUAAAACUUGAAAAAUGCAGUGUUGAAGGAAUCAUGAAUAUCUUGUCCUUAAAUAAUUUGUGGCAGGAUUGUACCGUAAGCAAGUGAAUCAAACUGCUCUAUAAAUCACAAAAACUAAAACCAAAGUGAAAAGAGUAACUUCCAGGCAGUAUCUCUGUUGUAACCUGUUACUUAAGGGAAUACUAGUGUUUUACAAUAUUUGUUCCUCAUUACUCUUCCGUAGUCCUGCCUGCCAAGAACUUAAAAGCAACUGUGAUAUAGCAACCCUUCCCAGAUAUAUUGGCAGGUGAAUGUGUGAUCUCAGAAUACACAGGUGACAGAGAUAUGAUAGGAUAACUGAUAAUGGUGGAUUCAUUUACAUUGUUUACACUUCUGUGACCACGCCUUAAAGGGAGGUCAGUUAAAAAAAAAAAAAAAAACCAAAAAACAAGUAGUGUCUCUUCCUAUCUCCAGAUACAUGUUAUAAAAGAAGGGUGUUUAUGCUUCAGCUUUGUUUUUGCUCAAUAAUACAGGUCAUGCAAGAGUUUGUUUCUAAGUGAAAGCUGUGUUAGCCUUUUUUGUUUAUUUCAAAUAAAAUGUAUUUGUAUUACUUGUCAUUCAUACUAUCUAUCCAUCAUACCACACUAUCUUCUGUAUCAGAUAGUCCAAUAGAAAUAUACCUGUUUUGUUCUAAAA